AUGCGUUUCAUUCCAGUCAUCGCGACGGCCCUCCUGGCCGUCACCAACGUGGCCGGCGCGUCACCUGCAGGGUCGUCGUCCGUCGCCCCAGCUGCUGCUAACACUGCCCCUGAGAACACUGUUGCGGAAAACCCGGCCAAUGCUGCGACUACAGCUGCCGCUCGGAAUGAGAACGGCCCUGCAGCGGCCGUGACCGCCAACAAUGAGAAUGAGAAUGAGCCUGCUUCCGUGGACUCAAACAAUGCUGCUAAUGCCGCAACCACCGCUGCGCCGAAGGGUGUGACCGUGGACCUUACCCCGCCGGUCAACACUCAGCCUCCUGCUGGUGCUACGACCGCCGCAGCUAAUACUGGCUCCGGUGCCGGUGCCGGUGCCGGUGCUGGUACUGGUGCUGGUGCUGGUGCUAGUGCUGGUGCUGGCGGAUCGUCUGCUGGUGGCAGCGCAACUGAUGACAACGCUGAACCAACUGCUACUGUUACCGAGAAGUCACAGCCAAGCCCCAGCGACUCCGGCUCCAGCGGCUCCAGCGGCUCCAGCUCCACUGGUGGCCUUGGUAACCUGGGUAAUCUGGGUGGUAUUCUUUCUGGUCUUGAAAACGCCGGUGAUGAUAUCGCCAAGCUGCUGAAGGGUAUUGAGGGCUUGCUUAAUCCUGACUUUCUCAACGAGGUUGAAGGCAUGGUCAAGUACCUUAGUACCGCUCUUGCACCCCCAGUCGACAACAACAUUCGGGUGCUUCUCUCGGACGACAGCACCAAGGCCCUGGGCAACUUGAUCAACAACGCCAACACCCUUCUGAGUCCCAGCAACACAAAGACUCUCUCCAAUCUUCUUUCCAAGGCUGACAACCUGCUGUCGGACAAGAACCUGAACGGUAUCCAGAAGCUGCUCGACAACAUCGACAAGGUCAACACUCUUGUCGACAACGGUGCGGACCUGCUGUCUGACAACAACGUCAAAGAGAUUGAGACUUUGAUCGGCAACGCCAACAACCUGCUCGACAAGGACACCACCAGCAACCUCAAGAAGCUGCUGAACGCCCUGAACCCUGUGAUUCCAAAUCUCACUGCCUUCCUUACCAAGGAUACUUUCGACGAGCUGUCCAACUUGCUAUCCAACGGCAAUGCGCUGCUCACCAAGUCCUUUGUCUCCAAGACCCAGAACCUCAUCAACUCUGCGGGCGACCUGCUUACUCCCCAGGUCUCCGACGCUCUCAAGCAGCUCCUCAGUGCCGUUACCUCUCUCCUGCCAGAGCUCAAGGGCUUCCUUACCAAGAGUACUUUCGACGAGCUGUCCAACCUGCUAUCCAACGGCAAUGCGCUGCUCACCAAGUCUUUCGUCUCCAAGACCCAGAGCCUUAUCAAUGCUGCGGGCGACCUGCUUACUCCUGCUGUCUCCGACGCUCUCAAGCAAAUCCUCGACGCUGUCGUUCCUUUGCUUCCCGAGCUCAAGGCGCUGCUCACCAAGAACACUAUCAACGAGAUCAACACUCUUCUGGGCAAUGCCAACUCUCUGCUCACCAAGUCCUUUGUCUCCAAGACCCAGAGCCUCAUCAACGCUGCGGGCGACCUGCUUACUCCCCAGGUCUCCGACGCUCUCAAGCAGCUCCUCAGUGCCGUUACCUCUCUCCUGCCAGAGCUCAAGGGCUUCCUUACCAAGGAGACUUUCGACGAGCUGUCCAACUUGCUAUCCAACGGCAAUGCGCUGCUCACCAAGUCUUUCGUCUCCAAGACCCAGAGCCUCAUCAAUGCUGCCGGCGAUCUCCUUACCCCCCAGGUCGCCGACUCGCUCAAGACCCUUCUGGAUGGCGUUGUUCCUCUCAUCCCCGAAAUCAAGGGACUGCUCACCAACGACACCAUCUCGGAAAUCCAGUCUCUGCUCGGCCAUGCUGGCGACCUCCUCGACGAUCCUUUCGUCAGCGAGACUCGCAGCCUCGUCAAGGAUGCCUCUGGUCUGCUUACUCCCGAUCUGGUCAAGGGUCUCAAGGGUCUCCUGGACGCUUUGACUCCAGCCCUUCCCGAGCUCCAGAAGGUUCUGAGCAAGAAGUACAUCGACUUGAUUCUCAACCUGCUGACCAACGCCUCCGACCUGCUUACUCCCGACUUCGUCAACAGCACCGACUCUCUGGUCACUGGAGCCAACGACUUGUUGAGCCCAUACGUGCUGCACGGUCUGGGCGACCUGCUCGAUGGCUUGGUCCCCGUUGUUCCUGACAUUAGGAAGGAUCUGCUCAACGCCACGGUCUUCAAGAACCUGACCUACCUGCUUGGCAACGGCACUACCCUGCUGAACACCAAGUUCGUCGGCCAGACUCAGAGCCUGAUUGAUGAGGCUGGUGACCUGCUCACCCCACCCACUGUCAAGAACCUGACCUACCUGCUUGGCAACGGCACUGCCCUGCUGAACACCAAGUUCGUCGGCCAGACCCAGAGUUUGAUCGAUGAGGCUGGCGACCUGCUCACUCCUGACACCGUCAAGGGCUUGAGCGGUCUCAUUAGCGCCCUUGACAAGUCUGCUCCCGAGCUUCAGAGCCUGCUCCAGCCCGCGACUAUCAAGGAGCUGCACACUCUGCUUACAAACGCUGGAGGCCUAUUAACUCCCAAGUUUGUCAAUGAGACCAGCACUAUUAUUAACGACGUUUCCGAGUUGCUACCCCUUAUUGAGGGCAUUCUGAACUCGUUGUAA